UUUCCUUGAUCCAGGGCGAAGAUCUGCCUUCACAGCGGCAAUCGGACUAGAUCAUAACAAACAUUAAGUACCCAGCUGCUCUACCAAGGAAUAUUAUCGUAUGACCAGAAGUACCAGACACGCUGCAAAGCUGGAAAAGAAGAAAGCAGGCACAAUUAAAAUGAUCGAAACCUUGUUCUCUUUUUACGGCGAAAGAGCUGCUGAAGACAUAUUUUGUCUAUACCACGGUCAGGAGCGUGCCGCCGGCAACAGGGUCAAUAUGCUUAUUAAUGGAACCACAAAGUACAAUAAGCAAUUGAGGUUGAAGAAGGAGAAAGAUCGAAACAAGUGGCCAAAGAAGAAUACCGACAGAAUGGCCUUUUGUAAACGUAAAAAGAAGAAGAAAAAGAAGCAAAAGGUUCCAGAAGAGAGGAAAGAAGCAGAUGCGAGAGAAGUAAGCGAUGCUCUCGCUAAGAAAGAUAGGUAAGGUUUUUGGAUAAUUAGCAAUUCAUCCACUAUCCGUAGAAAGAUUGAUAGAAUUCAUGAUUUCUACAGCACUUCCCUGAAGAACAAGUGGAAGCCCGAACCCUUUAGUGUAGGCAACACUAAAAAGGUCCCUUUGGUUGUAGUUGCUAAUGGCAUGUUCGGGAAGACUGCAAUGCCCAUCAAAGGCCAUAAAACUGGU